AUGUUGCUGGAGUCGCGAGGUCUCGCCGGCAGGAAGAGAAACGGAUUGACGCUGUCUUCUUUCGGUGGUGGAGGUGGCGGUGGUGGCGGCGGCGGCGGCGGCGGUGGCGGUGGAGGAAGCGGAGGAGGCGGCUGCGGCGGCGGCGGUGCCGGCAGCGAGGAGGACGACGAGGAAUCUCGACAUCUGUUUUUGGGAAGAAAAAUGCAGACCGAGGGUGCCGCCGCCUCCGCGGUUUCCACCGGUUUGUCGCCCGGCUGCACGCGCGACGACGGCGACGAGAGCUCCAGCCCUUCGCCCAACAGCAGCCUCUUGAACAACUUGAACAACAACUGCAACUCCAAUCGUCAAUGCGCCACCGACUUUAGCAUCGCGGCCAUCAUGGCCCGAGACUCUAGACAGCAGCAACAGCAGCAACAGCAGCAGCAGCAGCAGCAGCAGCAAACGCAGCAGUCGCAGCAGCAACCGCAACAGCAAUUGCAGCAACCUCAUCAUCAUCGGCAGUUGCAGCAACAGGCCGUCGGCGGCGGGAAAUUGCAUCAACACGAAAGGGAACCGAGCGUUUCUGGCGUGGUCCGCGGCGCUCCGGCGAUCCAGGAAGCGAUCGUCGCGGAGGACGACCCGGAGACGGACGACGCCGGAAGUACCAGCGGCAAAGCGGCGUCCCCCGUCAACCCCCUCCUUCAGGAACGGUCCAACUGCGAAGAGCUUAGACACGUGGUGUGUCACCUCGAGACGAAAGAUCUCUGGGACAAAUUCAACGAGUUGGGCACCGAAAUGAUCAUCACGAAGACCGGCAGGAGAAUGUUCCCGACUUGCAGAGUCUCGUUCAACGGAUUGAAGGCGGACAGUCGGUACGCGGUUUUGAUGGACAUCGUUCCGGUGGAUAACAAGAGGUAUCGAUACGCGUAUCACAGAAGCUCCUGGCUGGUAGCCGGCAAGGCCGAUCCUCCGGCGCCCGCUCGUCUCUACGUGCACCCGGAUUCGCCUUUUACGGGCGAGCAGCUUCGAAAGCAGGUCGUCUCCUUCGAAAAAGUCAAGCUCACCAACAACGACAUGGACAGGCACGGGCACCUGGUGUUGAACUCGAUGCACAAAUAUCAGCCGAGGAUCCACCUGGUGAAGCGACCGGACUCGGGCACGGCCAAGCCGAUAACGGACCUCGAGAAGGAACCUCACAAGACCUUCAUAUUCCCAGAGGCGAUAUUCACCGCUGUCACCGCCUAUCAGAAUCAACUCAUCACGAAACUGAAGAUCGACAGUAAUCCGUUCGCAAAGGGGUUCCGGGACUCGUCGCGGCUGACCGACUUUGAGAGCUUCCCUUUCAGGGAGACGAUGGAGUCGAUGUUGGCGGAACAGCAAUCGCUGAGGUUUCCCCAUCGGCUUCCGUUCGAGAUGGAUCAGCUACAGGCUGGCGCCGUGGGCAAUCUCAGCCUGGAGGAGAAGGCGUUGUGGGCCGCGAGGUCGCAGAUGCUGCUACGGGCCGCGGCCGCGGUCGCCGUGAGUCCGUACGCUCAGCUGGUCGGGCCAGCGGCCCUGGUCUAUCCCGGUGCGUCGUCCGCCGGCACCAGUCAUCAGCAGCAGCAACAGCACCAGCAACAGCAACAGCAGCAGCAACAGCUCGGCCACCUGUGGUGGGCCUCGUCGAUCGGCCCGACGUUGUUCGCGGCCGCGCAUCACCAGCAGCAGCAACAGCAACAACAGCAGCAACAACAGCAACAGCAGCAGCUGGCCGGCUCGAGCACGCAGAGUCCGAGCACGGGGCCAGCGGCUCCGCGACCUCUCUACCCUUCGGCUUUGGCUCUGGCGCACCAUCGAUUCUCUCCGUAUCACACGGCCACCGCGCCGAAAUCCUCCACCCCGGUCGGCCCGUCGCUCUCGCCGUCGCCGUCGCGAAGGGCGACACCUUCUCCUACUGACAGCCUCGGCAGAGACGCACAGGAUCUGUCGCCGUCGUAGUCGGCGUCGUCCGCCACGGCGGUUCCAAACCUCGGUUCCCAACAACGGCGCCUCUCUUCGACCACCUCGGGACCACUCGCUCCGCUUCUCCCCGAUCUCGCGCCGUUCUUCCCGGUUGCCCGGCCAUCGUCGUGGAUCACCGUCGCUGCCACCGUCGUCGCCUUUUCCAUCCAUCCCCACGGUUCUCCCCUCACGAUCGAGUAACGGAGGAACGCGCGACGAUAGCGGACGCAGAGAGC